AUGGAACAACCUUCAGAUUUCGGUAAGCAACAGAUCGAAGAAGAAGCUGCUCAAAAAGAGCAGCUUAUGAAGGAACGCCGCCGUCUUCAGAACCGGAUUGCUCAAAGAAACCAUAGGAGGAGAAAGCACAACCAAAAUAAAAGCUCUUCCCAAGAUCUCCCAGAAGAGACCGAUAGCCAGCAACUCCCUACACAUGUGGAUAACCUUGGUAUAUAUCAAAACCCAGAGAGCAGCUGGCUUGAUUCACCAAGCUUUGUUAUCCCUGACCAGGCGGUAGACCCAGAAACUCUUGGAGUCUCCAAUGUGGCUGGCUCCCAAGAAAACUUAUAUGCAUACCUGUCACCUCCAGAUAGCUUAAGCCCAGAGGCUGCAACUCACAACCCGGAAUGCCCCUACGAAGCCAACGAUGGGUGCUCCGUAGCCGUGGCUCCUGCGAACGAAUCCCUUGAAUUUGACCGUUUCGAAGGACCAAAUAUCACUCCAGACCUGGUUCCCUUGGAUGCACAGUUCCUGGACGUGUCGACAACUCCCUCCAGUGAUAGUCCCUUACUCCGCAGAAUUACUUUCAGCGCCGUGAAGGAUCCAAGCCAACUAUAUGAACCAAACCUUUCUUCGCGGCAAACACCAGAAGCGACUGGCUCCUAUGAGCAUUUUAUGCGGACUCUAGAACCCCAAGAACUCCCUACUUUCAUGGGGCAAUCCUCCAUAGAGAACACGGGACUCCCUGGCCCAUAUGGGAAUGUUAUAGAUUUUGACAGCAAUACACAACUCCAUUAUGAUUUUCUAAUACCACCUCAUACAGGUCAGGGCAACAACUCAGAUGGAAAAAUAGCCCUCCAUUUAUCAGCAGAAAGGGGGCACGCUAGUACUGUGAGGUGCCUGAUCGAGUACGGAUCCGAUAUCAGCGCUCAAGAUCAUUCAGGGGCUACAGCUUUACAUUAUGCUGCGAAGAUGGGGCAUACGAGUGCUAUAACAGCCCUUUUGGACAACGGAGCUGAUGGGAAUAUCAAGGAUUUUCAAGGACGAACACCAUUGCAUAUGGCAGCAGAAAGCGGCCAUGAACACGCAGUUCGUCUACUAGCAGAAUCAGGUGCCGAUGUCAAUACUUAG